AUGGUUCCAUUCUCUUCGACGCAUUCGCAAACGGAGGAUUUUCGCUCGUAUCGGACAGAGUCCGUCCUUUAUCCGAAGGCCUACGACACGCUUAUGACACCCUCAUUCUAUAGUGACAGUGGAGGUUGUCGCUGGGACAGUGGGGAGGCUCACCUCUUCCCUGCAAGAGCUGAGACCUACUACGAGCCCAGUGCCGCGCAGUACACGUCCUACUUCGCAGGCGCAGCCGCACUGAGCCCCUCUGCGCACGCCUUUGCCCCUGUGAGAGAGGAGUUUGGCGCUCCGAACGGCAGGGCUCAGCAGGCCUACAAUGGCGGGAUGCCCCAGGAAACAAGAUGCGAACACUUCCGUGUGCCAAACUACGGCUUUGAGUAUGGAACUGGCUGCCCAAUUUCCUCGACUACGCAGAAUAUGGUGGAUCUAGAUCUCCCUACGGAGCCACCACGAAGAACCGCCUCGCCGAACAGCACCGUCAGCGGGAGCGAGGUGGGCAGCGUCAGCUUCGCCACGGAUGAACAGCUUUGCAGCUUGUCUGUCGUCGAGCCCGACAACACGUCGCCCGAGAUUGUCGCACCGCAUCCCGCUAUCCUUCUUAACCACAACGUCUCUGAAAUAAAUGAGAGAGACUCGAAAAUAGGGAAGUCGAAUCAAAAGAAGAUUUUGACGGCCACUGAAAAGGACCUUGAGCGACGCCGUAAGAACAACGAGGCCUCACGAAAGUCGAGAGCACAAAGGAAGGACCGCUUUUUGAUGGAUGUACGCGAAGUGGAAUUCCUCAAAAUAGAGAAUCAACGACUCAAGGAUUUUCUGACUGAAUUGGAGUUAGUCAUUAAGGAGGCAAACGACACACUAAUCGCAAAGUUCAAAUAUCAGUUACCGACGGCGUCUUGA